AUGCCUGGAUUAGGUAAGACUACUCUUGCUAGAAAAGUGUAUAAUGAUCCCCUUAUCGUAUAUCACUUCUAUAUUCGUGCAUGGAUCACAAUUUCUCAAAAAUACCAAAAGCAGAAUUUGUUAGUUGACCUAAUACAUUCGGUUAGUCCACAUACAAAUUCUAUUGUUGUUGGAAUGAAAGAUUGGGAAUUAUGUGAUGAGCUAUGGAAAAGCUUAAAGGGUAAGAGGUAUCUCAUUGCAAUGGACGAUAUUUGGGACACUAGGGCAUGGGUUGAUUUGAAAAGUUUAUUUCCAAAUGACAAUAACGUAAGUAGAAUUAUGUUCACCAGUCGGUUCACAAAUGUGGCAUUGCAUGCUAAUCCUAGUAGUCCACCUCUUGAUCUUCGUUUCUUAACUGAAGAUGAAAGUUGGGAUCUCUUCAAAAAGAAGGUAUUUCGAACAGAUUGGUGCCCUCCGGAGUUGAUGUCGAUUGGAAAGAAAGUGGUAAUAAAAUGUCAAGGACUACCACUUGCGAUUGUUGUGGUAAGUGGAAUUUUUGCAAAUAUAGAGAAGAGUCAAGACCAAUGGAAGCAAGUUGGAGAAAUCAGAGAUUCAUGUGCUGUUCGUGAUCUAAAACUAUGCAUGGAAACAUUUGCAUUGAGUUACAACCACUUGCCUCAUUAUUUGAAACCAUGUUUUCUCUAUUUUGCAGCAUUUCCACAGGGCUUUGUAAUCUAUGUGCGGAAGUUGACACAGUUAUGGAUUGCUGAAGGAUUUAUACGAAAGAUUGAAGGAAGGAGUUUGGAGGAUGUAGCAGAGGAAUACUUGAUGGAUCUAAUAGGUAGAAAUCUCAUAUUAGUUUCAAAGAGAAGGUCUGAUGGUGGAAUCAAAGCUUGCAGUAUCCAUGAUCUGUUGCACAAUUUUUGCCGCAAAAGAGCAGAGGAAGAGGUGUUGGAUAUGAGUUUUAUAGAUUUUACCGUGUACCCUAGUGAGAUAGAACAACUUGUUCUCUUGAGGUACUCAGCACUUGAUUUUAUGUGGACCCACUUGGCUGGUGAUGUUUCUGUGCGCUGCUUCCCAUCUUCAAUAUCCAACCUCUGGAAUUUAGAAACUUUUGUUCUUCAUACAUCAGUUGAAUAUCUCAAGUUACCACGGAGUCUCUGGAAGAUGGUAAACUUGAGGCAUCUUUCAGUUAGUGGAAGAGGGAUAUUUGUAAUUGAGAGGCCAUAUCCUAAUGAUCACACAUCAUUGGAUAACUUGCAAACUCUCUCAUGUGUAGAUCCUUGGUCUUGCAAGGAUAUCUUGGCAAGGACUCUCAAUCUCAAGAAGUUGGAUAUUCAUGGAGCUAUUAUUCAAUGUUUGGAAAGGUUGAUGUUUCUUGAUAUAAGUUUCCUAAACCAUCUCCAAAAGUUGACAUUGUGUUCCAAACUUGAAGGAUUCAAGUUUAUUAAUCUCAGAAGAAUCAAGUUCUCACCAAAUCUUAAGCAACUAACUUUGAAGGAAGCGUUUAUAGAGUGGGAUGAGAUUUCAAUCCUAGGGAAGGUACUGUCGAACCUGGAGGUGCUCAAAUUAUCAAGUAUUAACUGGUGGGAAUCGGAUUGGGAAACAAAUGAGGUUUUCCCUUGA